UUUGGUAUUCCAUACAGCUAGUAAGAUCCUGCCACCCACGCCCCGGCCGCCUCCCACGCCAGGAUCUGCGUCACGGGUCCUGUGUGGGAGGCAGACAGACCGAGCUGUGCUGUGUAGCAAGAACGGAAUAUCCCAUUUUGUCCCCAAACACGGGGGGGUGGACGUGGUGUCAAUACACAUCCUCCUGCGAGUUGAAUGCGAAGCCUUGAAGAAGUCCCCCCCCUUCCCUCCCUCCUUUUAUGAUUUUCACUGGAGUCCUAAGAGCAGGGCUUGCUGUGCUACAAAGUAUCUGCAAAGUAUCCUGAGCUGAGCUAGGAAGGGAAGGGACAGGUACCGCCUGAAUGGGGCAUAGAGAGCCGGCACUGGGACACUGCUAAUUCAUCCACAAGUUCAGGGCUGCUCUUCUGAAAGUCUGUCUUGCUGAUCAAAAAUGGCAACUUCAUUACCAAGGACUCUAGGGGAACUUCAACUUUACAGGAUACUACAACGAGCCAACCUCUUGUCUUACUUUGAUGCCUUUAUACAGCAGGGUGGAGAUGAUGUCCAGCAGCUCUGUGAAGCAGGGGAAGAUGAGUUUCUUGAGAUAAUGGCACUUGUUGGAAUGGCUAGCAAACCACUACAUGUUAGAAGACUGCAGAAGGCCUUAAGAGAUUGGGUUACCAACCCCAGUCUCUUUAACCAGCCUUUGACAUCAUUACCUGUUAGCAGCAUUCCAAUCUACAAGCUUCCAGAAACGUCACCUUCUUUGUUGGGACUAAACUCUAGCAGUUACGAAAGGAACAAUAAUACCAGAGAACCACACCUGAAAAUUCCAAAGUGUGCAGCUACAACUUGUGUACAAAGUGUGGGUCCUGGGAAAUCAGAAGGUACAUGUAGUUCCCCAUUGCAGGUUAGCAAUGAAGCAAGGCACUGGCAAAGUCAUCAAACUACAGAGAGUGAACACAGCCUAUCUCCAGCUGAUCUUGGUUCUCCAGCAUCACCUAGAGACACCACUGAGACCUUGGAUGCUGCUGCUGCUCUGUCUGUAGCAGAGUGUGUUGAAAGAAUGCUACCUUCAUUACCGAAAAAUGACUUGAAUGAGGUUAAAGAACUGUUAAAAAAUAACAAAAAGCUGGGAAAGAUGAUAGGGCAUAUCUUUGAAAUGACGGAUGAGGACCCUCGCAAGGAAGAAGAGAUACGAAAGUACAGUGCAAUUUAUGGCAGGUUUGACUCUAAAAGAAAAGAUGGAAAGCACUUAACUCUGCAUGAGCUAACAGUAAAUGAAGCUGCUGCCCAACUUUGCAUGAAGGACAACGCUUUGCUGACUAGAAGAGAUGAGCUUUUCACGCUGGCAAGACAAAUCUCCAGGGAAGUCACAUACAAAUAUACUUACAGAACUACAAAGUCCAAAUAUGAAGAUAGAGAUGAGCUGUCACCUAAGAGGAUUAAAACUGAGGACAGCUUUGUGGAUCAUCAGGAAACUCUUGCAGUGCUUCACCAGCAAAUGAAAUCUUUAAAAGAGCAGCUUGUGAUGGCCAAAGCUAAAGGAGAGGAAUCCCUAAUUCAUAAAGUGCAGGUUCAAAUUGAAAAAGUGAUGGCAGCCCAAAUGAAGAUUUUUCAUAACUCAGGGUGUGAGAUCAUGCUAAAUCCACAAAAAGGCCUUUUCAGACAGAGUCCAGAAGAUACCAGUUCCAGUUUCAUGUUUUCAGACAGUUCUGAUGGACAAGUUGAGAAGCCGCUAAACCUCAGAGUGUCACAAGAUUAUCAGCUACAGCAGAUAUUGUCAGAAGAACAGAACAUGGGAAAGCAGCCUUGUAACAAACAUUGUAAUCUCUCCUCCAACCAUGAGACAAACUCUCAGGCUUCAAAAACCACAGAUUCCAGAACCGAUGACCGUGGCAUUGCCAUCUCUGAAAACACAGCAUGUGGCUGUUGGAAGGAGAAAAAACAGGUGACAAUGACCGAUCAUCACAGCCAUGCUACGCCAGCUGUUGCAGACAUGAUGCUGAGGGAUUAUUCACAAGCAGCCUUAAGCAACAUAGAAAGAAGAAUUGUCAAACUUGAACCAGAAGAUGAAAUAUAAUUGGAAAGUCAACUGACUGGAAGAUUAAUACAGAAACGAGCAAGCCUUAAAACAUUUUACCAUUGUUGCCUCAGCAAUAUAUUCGUGAAUUUCAAGCCAAAGCUUACUGACUGGUAUAACUGGUAAAAAAGUACAUAUAAAUGAAACGGGACUGAAAACGGAGGAUUCACAUUCCUGUCAAACUCACUAUAUGGCACAGCCCGCUAAUUAAUAAAGGGGGUUUGCAAUAUUUCAGAAUGUAAAAUGAUCUUAAUUUUAUUUUUUGGUUAAAAAAAUAGUUUUAGUAAAACUGUGU